AACACACAAUAUACAGACCCACAGAAUUGUACCAACGAAAGGGGCAGAAAUCAAGAAAGCAAAACUAGGGUUUCUCAGAUCUCUCAAGAUGGGUGGAGGCAACGCUCAGAAAGCCAAGAUGGCCCGUGAAAAGAACCUGGAGAAGGCCAAGGGCUCCAAAGGAAGCCAGCUUGAUGCUAACAAGAAAGCUAUGUCAAUUCAGUGCAAGGUGUGUAUGCAGACGUUCAUCUGCACCACUUCAGAGGUGAAGUGCAGGGAACAUGCUGAAGCAAAGCACCCCAAAUCUGAUCCGGAGACUUGCUUUCCUCAUCUGAAGAAAUGAUACUGAGAUCAACUUGAAGGAUCGGUUUCAAAUUUGCCUGACAGUGCUAUGCAAUUUAAGUUUGAGGCUUUUCCGUUGUAUUACUAAUGUGGAUGUUUGAACUAUUGCUACCAAGCAAAUGUGUUUGUGAACGUGUCUAUAAUAUAUAUUAUCCAUCUAUACUCCUA